GCCGCAUUGGCAGAUUCACUGGAUUCACCGUCAUCGUGUGUCUGAUUUUUAAAUAUUGCUGUUACUACUAUUAACAAUUGUUGUUAAGACUUCUUCGUUAACAGAAAAAUGUCAAACACCAAGGAAUUCUUCCUUUCUAUUGCACAGCGUAUUUUCAGCAACUGGACUGCGUUAAAGAUGGCAGUAGAACAUGGAAUGGGACCGAAGGAAAGAGCAAUAGAUUUUUGUCCUUACAUGACGGAGGUUAUAUUUAUGAAUGAGAAUUUAAACAGCAGUGAAAUUGCUAAUGAAUUAGAAGAUUACAUGGAAGAGCAUUUCAACACUGAACUACAGGACAACAGUGCCAUUCAAGUUGCAGAAGAGCUUCUGAGGUUUUUCAAUUAUUGUGUUAAGAGUAAUGAAAGUAUAGCAGUAACAGAGAUUGAGAAAUUACCACCACUUCAGUCAUGGCUUGUCACAAAUGAACCUGUGAGAAGAACUCAAAAUCCUGUCAUUGUUGAAAAUGAUAGUUCAGAAGAUGAGACAGCAUCACAGGAAAUGCAGGUGACAGAUGAAUGGACAGAAGUAAGAUCUAGACGGAAAAGAUAACCAGUACAGGA